AUGGAAAAUGUUGGAAUAUUUAAUAAACGAAAUAUUAAACAAUUAAUUGUCGACAAAUUAGUUUGUGUUGCUAUCGCAAAGACAAUGCCUGUAUUUAAUAAAUUGUCUUUAUCUGAUCAGAUAGCCCUACUCCGUCAUAUUUCAUUCCCAUUUAUCUGUUUUGUUAAUAGUUUUCUUUCAUAUGAACUUGGUGUUGUUACUUUUAUGCGUAAAGAUUGUGUUAUGCCUGCGCUAAGCAUAAUUGAAUGUAAACAUUUCAGAAAUGAUGAUUUAUUAUUUAAAUUAACUGAUCGUUUAUUCACAAAAUCUGUUGAGACUCUUAAGGAAGCCGAAUUAUCCACCGAAGAAUUUGCACUUUUAACUGCAAUAUUCUUCUCACAAUCAAGUAAAGGAUUGAGUAAUUUUUUGGGGUUUCAAUAA